AACACGCACACAUAUUUAGACCCAGACACACGCUCACACACAAAGAAGACUCAAAGUACGCCGUGCAGUAUCUUUGACAGUAUCCUUGCCUGCUGUGCUGUCCCUGUCCUCCAGUCCUUGUGCUAGCAGUCACCGUCGCUAUGUCUCUGCCCACCGUCUCCCGCUUGGUCAGGAGCGCGCUGAGGACUCAGAUGGUCCCUGUGGCUAAUGUGACGACCAAACCCGCCAAACAUAAUGUCACUGCAGGGGAGCAGGCAAUAGCAUUGACAGUCAUGUUUGUGACUAUCCUGGGUCCUUCUGGCUGGAUACUGGCUCACCUGGAGGACUACAAGAAUAAGAAGGCGUAGAGGAGAUGGUCAAGAGAAGUCUCAUUCCAGCCCAGAUGGCAGACCAGAUGGCAGACCAGAAAGCCAGUCAGCCCACUCUCCCUCCAGGUCUCACUCUGCUCCAUCUUUCUUCAGCUGAUGAGACGAGAUGUUUCUGCACUUAUGACCUGUGAUAAUGUAAACCUGUGCAUUUUUCAGGCUCUUACCAAUAAAUACAUGUUCUGUAUAUUUGAAAA